AUGGGGGAGCGGAGACGGCUAGGGGGAAGGCAGAACAACGCAGACGGAACCUCCCACGGUUUCGACUCUGAGCUGCGGCUGCCGCCUACGUCCCGGCUGCCCAGCCCCUCAGUUCCGCUCGGCCCGGAGCACGGCCCCGGGAGCCUGAUCGAAUCUCCCAAACCUGUGUUUUCCCUGCGUGUCAACCCCUCGCCUCUCCACUGCUAUUCCCUGAGCAGCCUGCAGCGGAGAAAAGGAGAGAGGGCAGACGGUCGUCACCCAGGGGCGCCUGAGGUGGUGGCAGGUCCUGGGAUCCGGGAGCUUGACCUGAAACCCAGCGCUCACGGGCACAAGCUUCCGGGGUUCAAAAUCCGGCCCAGUCGUUUCCUUGUUGUGCCAUCUUGGGCAACGCUCUUCACAUGCCCAGGCCUCAGGGUUUUGGCCGCAGACAAGGAUCACAGCUUGAAGACAGAACGAGAAAGGCCUGGAAAAGAAAGGAACGACACAGGACCCGAGGCGGGACACAGGUCAGCUGUCAUCUCGGAGCAUCCGCAUCACUACCGGGAUCCGCACGAAUGCAUCAGGGCCACGCAAGGGCCUGCCCGGGGAGGCUGGGCCACGCACCCACCCGCCCCACCCCCAUCGACCCCUCGUCCGCAGCGGCAGGCUCGGGACCGGCACCCCGACGGGCACCUCUUGCAAGCAGAGGCAGAGGCAGCGAGCGCGCGGGAUGGAUGCGGAUGUGGGCGAGCUGGGCCCGGCUCGCAGGAGGCCACGUUGAGCGGGUGCAUUUCGCCGACAAACGUACAACUGCCCCUGAAGAGUAACACAAGUGCCAGCCAGCCUUCCAGGCCCUUCCCCCAAGUGGCUCUCUUCCAGCCGGCCCCAGAGCCUGAUGUGGAGUCCUUCUCCGGAGCUGCCUUCGUGGGCGUCCUGAAGUCUGUUUCCCUUGAGCAGUGGGGGCGGGGAAAGGGAAGCCGUGCCAGCAUCCGCUUCCGAAACCGCUCCCACCCGACACGGUCUCGCUACUAUUUAUCCGCACUUGCCCGCGCCACUCCCCACGCGAGCGGCAGGAGCGCCGCGGCCCAAGGCCAUCUGCAUUUAGACGGUUGGCACAUCCCCUCCCCAUGGGGAACCCACGAGCUCAGGGUGAAGCAGAGUGUGUUUCAGAUCCGCCUGUUCUUUGUGGAUUGGGGGGUGGCAUCCCUGUCCCGGCUGGACCCUCGGCUUCAGCGUUCACACGAGGUUACGGUCAGGUUGUCGGCCGAGGCCAGGAUGUUGUCUGAAGGCUCGACUGGGGAAAGACCUGCUCGGUGGGCUCUUGCAGGGGUCAGCAACGCUGUUCCCCGAGAGCUCACGGACCGAGGGCCUUGGGUCCAGGCUGUGGGCGGCUGGUGGCUGGAGGCAGCCCUCGGUCCCUCGCCACGGGCGUGUCUCCCACACACCACGAAGGCAAUGGAGAGAGCUGACCGGCGAGACAGAAGCCGCCGUCUUUUGUAACCAAAACACAGAAGUGACAUCCAUCACCUUGGCUGCAUUCUGUUCAUGAGAAACAAGUCCCAGGUCAUGCCCCGCCUGCCAUCCCGGGAGGCAGGGGACCAUGGGGCCAUCCCAGAAGGGUCCCGGCCACAGGAUAAUUCAUUAAAGCUCUUAGCACCGCGGUCA